GCGUGCGUUUGUUGAAGUUCCUUGUUUUAAUCAUGCAACGCUAUCACUAAUACCAAGUGAACACACAUGGACUUGAUUAGAUUAAUCCGCCUGUUACCUCUAUCCGCAUUGCAUCAACCGUACCUAGCCUGGAUUGCUCCGGAGAUCCCAUUUCUCGAAGGCAUCGCCAUGGAGGGGUCGGUGAAGUGCGACGCCAACUACACGCCCCUCACGCCGCUGAGCUUCCUGGAGCGCGCCGCGCUCGUGUACGGGGCGCGCACGGCCGUCGUCUUCGGCGAGAAGGAGUACUCGUGGCGCGACAUGAGGGAGCGGUGCCUCGCCGGGGCGUCCGCGCUCGCGCGCCUCGGCGUCGGCCGCCGGGAUGUGGUGGCGGUGCUGGCCGCGAACACGCCGGCCAUGUACGAGCUGCACUUCAGCGUGCCGAUGACUGGCGGUGUGCUGUGCACGCUCAACACCCGGCACGACGCGGCCAUGGUGUCCGUCCUCCUGAGCCACUCGGAGGCCAGAGUCUUCCUCGUCGAGUCGCAGUUCCUCGGCGUUGCACGCGACGCCCUGGCGCUCCUCGCCGGCGCCGGAGCCAUACCGCCUCUCCUUGUCAUGAUUGCCGAUGAUGACGGCGGCGGCGACAGGGAUGGCGUGCUGGAGUACGAGGCCCUGCUGAGGAGCGCGCCGGGCGGCUUCGAGAUCAGGUGGCCCGCCGACGAGUGCGACCCGAUAUCCCUCAACUACACGUCGGGGACGACGUCGCGGCCCAAGGGCGUCAUCUACAGCCACCGCGGCGCCUAUCUCAACACGCUGGCCACGGCGCUCGCCAACGAGAUGCCGACCAUGCCGGUAUACCUCUGGACCGUGCCCAUGUUCCACUGCAACGGGUGGUGCAUGGUGUGGGCCACGGCGGCGCAGGGCGGCACCAGCGUCUGCAUGGCCGGGAGCUUGGCUCCCAAGACCGUCUUCGAGCACAUCGUGCGGCACAGGGUGACCAACAUGGGCGGCGCGCCCACGGUGCUGAGCAUGCUCGUGAACGCGCCGGCAUCGGAGCAGAGGCAGCUGCCGGUCAAGGUGCGCAUCUCCACAGGCGGCGCACCUCCGCCGCCGCACAUCCUGGCCAAGAUGGACGAGCUCGGGUUCAACGUCGUCCACGGGUAUGGACUCACCGAAACGUAUGGACCGGCGACGCUUUGCGUGUGGAAGCCGGAGUGGGACGCGCUGCCGGCCGCCGAGCGCGCGCGGAUCAGGGCGCGGCAGGGCGUGCCGCACGUGAUGCUGGAGGGCCUGGAAAUCAAGGACCCGGCGACCAUGGAGAGUGUGCCCUCCGACGGGCGCACCGUGGGCGAGGUCAUGCUCCGGGGGAACACGGUGAUGAGCGGGUACUACAAGGACCCGGCGGCCACGGCGGAGGCCAUGAGCGGCGGGUGGCUGCGUUCAGGGGACCUGGGCGUGCGGCACCCCGACGGAUACAUCCAGCUCAAGGACCGGUCCAAGGACAUCAUCAUAUCGGGCGGCGAGAACAUCAGCUCCAUCGAGGUGGAGUCGGCGCUGUUCGGCCACCCCGCCGUGCUCGACGCGGCGGUGGUCGCCAGGCCGGACGAGCACUGGGGCGAGACGCCGUGCGCGUUCGUCACCCUCAAGGACGGAGCGAGCGCCACGGAGGCUGACAUCAUCGAAUUCUGCCGGACACGGCUGCCGCGCUACAUGGCGCCCAAGACGGUGGUCUUCGCCGAGCUGCCCAAGACUUCGACGGGCAAGACGCAGAAGUAUCUGCUCCGUGAGAAGGCCAGGGCCAUGGGAAGCCUGCCUCCUAAGCUGAGCACAAGCAAACUGUAGCAUAUAUACACUUGCAUUUUCUAUGAGUUCCAAAAAAGCAUUGUCUUGUAACUUCUGUGUUACUGUUAUAUUGCUACAAUCCCGAAUUUGCUAUGCCGCAAGUAAUCGGUAAAAACAUGUAGUUUCAGUCGAAUAACGCCUUUG